GCGAGAUUUUCACUCCUUAGCCAUUAACGAUUAAUUAGUCACUUCAAUAAAUUACAGCACAAAGUAUACGACGUAAGAGCUAUGGCACGAACGAAACAGACCGCCCGUAAAUCCACCGGAGGAAAAGCUCCUCGAAAGCAACUGGCAACGAAAGCUGCAAGAAAAAGUGCGCCGGCUACCGGAGGUGUUAAAAAACCCCACAGAUACCGACCAGGUACUGUUGCUCUACGUGAAAUUAGACGUUACCAGAAGAGUACCGAAUUGCUGAUUCGUAAGCUACCAUUCCAGCGUCUCAUCCGAGAAAUCGCUCAAGAUUUCAAAACGGAUCUUCGCUUCCAAAGUUCAGCGGUUUUGGCGCUUCAAGAAGCUGCGGAGGCGUACCUAGUCGGCUUGUUUGAGGACACAAACUUGUGUGCUAUCCAUGCUAAGCGAGUUACCAUCAUGCCAAAAGAUAUACAGCUAGCCAGAAGAAUACGUGGCGAACGAGCAUAAGCAAUAACGUGAUGAAUAUUGUGGGUCUCUCAACAUUCUGUAGCAUUUCUUUUCAACGUUAUUUUUGCCACAAGACUUAAGAAUUAAUUUGUAAAUAAAUAUUUUACUUUAAAUCUAAUUUGCAAUUCUUUUUUGAAAAUAAAUUUUGAUGUGAAA